UAGGGACCGUGAAUGGUCCACCUAUUUCCGCUCCUUGUCCUACGUUGUCUACACUGAUUGUAAAGCUGCUGCUGCUAGCCGCCGCGAGCUGUUAGAGUAGCAACGGUCGAUGUCCGGAGCGGACUUGAAGCUUCACCUCCUGUCGCAGCAGGCGAACGGAGUUGGCGGGGCAUUCGGUGGCAAAACGACAGUGCGUGCGGGUGCCGGCAACAUCGGCGGUAGCAGCAGCAUCGGGGGGUUGGCGUGUGGCGGUAACCGUCGACAGGAUGUGACCACCCGAGGACUGGAGAUGCUCUCCUCAGUCGCGCGAACGCCAGCGCUCUGGCGCGUCUUCGCUGGCCUCGUCUUCUUCGGCGUAUGGUUUCUCUUAUUCACCGAACUCGAGCACCGCAUGCGGACCAUCGAGGAGACGAACCAAUACAUGGGGAAAAUGCUGGCUCGAUUAAACUUCAAUCGUUUCCCCGUUCUGGGAGAACCGUCUUCUCAAACAGAAGACAUGGACGAUUCGCUCGGGCUUCCGCUUAAAACAUUCGACAAUCAGGUUAUUAUCUAUAAUCGGGUCCCGAAAACUGCAUCCACAUCGUUCACCGGCGUCGCGUAUGACCUUUGCGCUAAAAACAGAUUCUUUGUGCUACACAUUAAUACGAGCCGAAACAUGCAUAUUAUGUCUGUCGCAGACCAGAUGAGGUAUUCUGUAAAUAUUUCACAAUGGGAAGCGAUGAAACCAUCGAUAUAUCACGGUCACGUCGCAUUUCUGGAUUUCGCCCGUUUCGGGAUGCCGCCGCCGAUUUACAUUAACAUCGUUCGGGAGCCGCUCGAGAGACUCGUGAGUUAUUAUUACUUUCUACGCAACGGUGAUGAUUUUCGGCCUCAUCUUCAACGACGGCGCAGCGGCGAUAAGCGCACAUUUGACGAAUGCGUUCGACAACAAGGCCAGGACUGCUCUGAAGACAAAAUGUGGCUGCAAAUACCCUUCUUUUGUGGACAUGCUCCAACAUGUUGGCAGCCUGGUAGUAGAUGGGCUCUCGAACAAGCUAAGAACAACUUGAUCAAUAAAUAUCUACUGGUCGGAACAACUGAACAACUUCAGGACUUUGUGGAUAUAUUGGAAAUCGUAUUGCCUCGAUUUUUUCGGGGCGCCUCGAAACAUUUUCAGUUAGGCAACAAAUCUCACUUACGAAAGACCGCCAAUAAGAAGGCCGUAUCAGCAGACACCGUCGCUCUAAUCAAGCAAUGGCCCAUCUAUGAACUCGAAUCAGAAUUCUACGAGUUUGCCAAAAGGCACUUCAAUCUUAUCAAGGAGAAACUGAACGGAGAGCAGGGAGCUCAGCAAUUUUUCUUCGAGAAGAUCCGACCUAAGAAACAUUGGUAGGGUAAGUCCGGCCUAAAAUUGAGCCUCUAACAACGUCAAGCGGCCAUACAACAAUCUUGUCUUCUGAUAAACAUAAACCACUACUACCGCUCCUGUAUAAAAUGUCGUGAGAGGGUCCGCUUCAUGGUAUGAAAGUGUUUGGGAUGAAAAGACUGACCUAGACGACAGUGAACCUGCACAAACUCUUUUUCUGUAAAAUAUUAUGGCAGAUUAUUCUGUUGCCAUUUGAAUAUCGAUCUCCUUUGUGAUAAGGCUAUAAUCAUAUGCGCCUACAGUAAUAAAAAAUACUAAAAAAAACGUUGAAGAAAGGAUUAUUUGGGGGGGCGCCAUUGUAGACUAGUUUUGUUGGAUAGCAAUCUCUGGUUAAUUAACCACUGGGCGAUACUGACUGCACACAGCCUGGCUAGACAUCGAACACACUUCGUUGAAUGAGUUUAUAUUAACGAAGAAAGUUCGUAAUGGUGACCUUAUGACCAAAAAAACUGUAUCAUUUUUGUAUAAACACGGAUAAUUAAUAAUUAAGCGAAAUGCCUGUAGCCUAUCAACAGACAUUGGCAUUGAAUACAUGGACCGAAAGGAGAAAAAGAAGAAGUUGGAAGCUUUAAGAGCUUCAAACAAUGAAGUAAACACGGCACUGUAAAGGCACCGCGUCAUUGUUUCAAAGGUUCAAGGUACCCAUAGGGCUUUCAAAUACGGUUUCCAGUUCCCAAUACCGUUGUUUCUACCAUAUGGUGAAUUAUAUGCUCUUAUAUUACUUUAGAUUAUGAAAGCAAGGGAUGGAGACAAUUGUAUGUCAUUUUUAGCAUCUUUCGAAUGCAGAAUAUUGCAACCAUUCUGACACAAGUACGAACGUUUUCUCGUAUUGAUUUUGCUGUUCAGUUUUUUCACAUUAAGACUCAUGUCUUAACUUUGAAGAAUUCUUUCUUGUUGAAAGGAGAUAGAGGAGGAACGACAUCUACACUUACCUAGUUUCUUGUUUAUAGUAAGUACGUGACUCGAAAUUUUCGUGUUCGUGAUACAUCGUCGUGCCAUAGAACACUCUUCACCUUUUUACCUAUAUUAACGUACCCGUAUAACAUAUUUAAAGGCAUCCGCUUUUAAUUUCCCGAUAUGCUGCAGUAUGAGAAGAUAGCGUCAAUACGUCCUGCUAUAUAAGCCAUUUCUCUCUUUAAAAAAGAAUCACAUAUGAAUAGAUGAAAGGCUCUUAAAAAACUCGUAGCGGCAACACAAUGUCUGCGUCCGUUCGUACGGAGUCGUACUUUAAUUUGUUGUUUCACCUAAUAUUGUGUGAGAGUGUGAGAGGCUAUUAGAAAAUAGCGAAUUUCAUGGGGAGUAGCGGAAAGGCAUAGAGUGAAGACGUUUCCCAAUUUCUCAUAGGUUGACAGUGGCAACUGUAUCGUGCGCCGAUUUAUGAUGGCCACAUAUUAAAGACGAUAGGUCUCAGAAGUCGUACACCCAGUCUACAGGUUGACUUAUGUCUUUCAUAUUAUGAUACAUCAUUAUAACGGAUACGUCGUAACGACAGACCGCAACGGAUUAAACUACUAUUACCAAUAAUUAUAUUCCGUAUCAAUGUCAUUGCCGUAUUACAUGUAGCGGAUAUUGGCUCUGGUGAAUGAAUAAACACUAUUUAUUCAAGAGCGACUUGAAUAGCUGAAAUGGGGCUACACGAAAAGGGUAUUCACGUAUAUAUAACUGUCAAAAAUAUAGGAAUUUCUGGAGAAACUCCUUCGGGAUAAUAACUUAACCAAGUCAUAAAUAACCCAUAUACUAAAACUCGUCUUGGCCGCAUCGCACAAUGAUUUUUAUUUAGAUAGAUGUGAGGAAAAAAUUGUCAGCAUCCAAGCACCCAUACAAUGUAAAGACAGAGUUACUGGAAAAUUAGAGGAGAUAUCAUUGCAAAACAUAAAUUAUUGUGAGACAAUGGAACCGAUGGCACCCUGUAACGAAUCAAGUGAACCUUCAAAGGAAUUUAUGUCUUUCAAAUAAGACUAAUAUAGGUAUCCUCAUCAAUACCAUUGUAUUUUCCUAAAAUCCAAAUCUACUAGCAACCAGCCACUUCAGUCACAACGAUGAUGACUGAUCGCAUAAGCGUUAGCUGUUCGCGAAUAAUUCACAGAAGCACAUGAACAACACUAAGAACACUACAAUGUUCUUUCGACAAACGUUCCCAUGCUAUGCUUGUAACGGCAUCUGUUCAUGUUAAUGGACGUUGCAACGGUUACCAAUUGUAGCAUAAAUGUUCGCUUAAGAUUCUUAGCGAUUAAAGUGUUUAUAGAGUUAUAAGCGAUGACUAGUUAUGUUGUGCUACAUGUUUUUAUAAUUCCUUUUAAACUACUUGUUCUAGAACCACUAUUUUCUCUAAAUCGGCCAAAAUAAUAAUAUUUUUGUAGUACGUAUUAGAGUCUAUUCGUUUGCAUACGAUGCCAAGUUUUGCCUCGUCUGCGCCAUAUCAGUUUUCGGUCUGUUCUUUACUCUCUCUUACGCCUGAACCUCGGGGUUCUUGUGAAAAAAAAAUCGAAAAUGAUUUUACGGAAGACACUAACUAACGUGGAAUUACGUUACGAGAGCUAAGUUCUAUUUAUCUUGGAGGCUGGAGGAACGGACGGCUUUGUUAGCAAUACUGAAAUGUGGUAGAAACUGAUUUGGCUACAUGUGCGUUUCUUAGUUACUCCCAAAUCCCAUGGAACGACAAAGGCGUUCAAAAUGAAACACACCUUUUUUAUUUAAAAAAAAAUGAAGUAUCUCAAAUUGCUGACUGCAGUUGUUAUCGAUAUGAUACUGGGGUGGAUACGUGUUUGUGUCGAUACGCCUUAAGCAACCGAAAAUUUAUUAUCAACGGAUAUGUUCCGAUUAGCAUUUCCCGCUGUCGAGUUAACUACCAGUCUUUCACUAGGGCGCGUGUCGCAGUACUUUCUCGCUUAUCUAAUACCUGUGUACGUUACUUUUACAUUGCUUUACGGAGAAAAACUGGCUAAGUUUAUCUGGAGAUUGAUCCCAUCGCCAAUUGAUACCAGGAACAGCUCUAACUGGGAGAGAGAGCAAUAUUCCCCCUGUAUGACAAGGACAAACUACGAGACAUGUGUAGUGGCACGCAUCUCUAUACUUAUAUAAUAAUAACCUAUAACCAAACAAAGGACAAUCACGCCCGCAACAAUCACAUACAAACUCAUUAUAUUAUAACUAAUUAUAUAUGUAUAUUAUAUAUUGUUGUUUCUAAUGAUAUUGAAUAAUAUAUAUGUAUACACGAUACCGACGCCAACAACCGACCAUUUACGAGACGCAUAAUGACCAGAGGAAGCAUAAGUCAAAAUGUGGCUUGACAAGAAACGAUAGGGGAAUAGGUAUCCACUUCUGUAUGUAGGUGAUAGAAGAACGGCUUUUAGCAAAAUCUGUUAGAUUAGAAAUAAAUAUUUUUCAUUACUACCACAUGGAAUCGUCAAUGGUAGUUACAGCUGUAGCCCUAACAUAGACUUUCAAGCAUGAAGUAAAAUUGUCGCUUGUUGUUGACGCACACUGCAUACGUCAAUAGUGAUGUCGACGCGUGACUGUUACUGCGAUAACACACACGACUUCCGUACGUUUCGCCGCUUCAAAACUAACACAUUCAUACUUAUCCAUUAGAUAAUGUGCAGACGAAACUGACGUCAACAUGUAUAUAAUUUACCGCAUAGGCGAAAAAAAAAAAGAAAAAAAAAACAAAAUAUAUACUCACAUGGUUUUUGUCGUGCGAGAUAAAUCAAGUCACUUCCUAACAUGCGAUGAGCUAUGGUGAAUUUAAUAAGACGAGAUGCAAAAAGGACUCUGUUUGCGGUCUUUAACUAAACUAGUCAGCAAAUAUGCUUUAUGGUUCUUAGUAGGCUUUCGGCGGCAGCAUCGCUCUAUGCUUCACGCCGUUUCAGGCUGAUGCCAAAUUGUAAAUAUUCACUUGCCUUCCUUUUCAACUGCGAGGGGUAAUAGCAUCGAACAUUUUGUCGCCGUUUUUUACAUGUACAGAUCUGUUUAAUUUUGUUGUUCAAAUCGCCACUUCAUCCACGCUCGUUGAAAUGAAUAAAUGCCUUGCAUCUAUACACUCAUUGUAUUGUAUGAGAACAGCUAGGAGAACAAAAGGAACAAUAAUAAAUUUCGAAUGUAAUCCCCGAAGGUGUUUUCUUCGUUCAUGCGCUCAAAAUUCUCAAGCUUAAAUUAUUUGCAGACGUGACUAAAGCUCGCACAUACAGUUUGCCCAAUCUUCGCUUAGUAUGACACAUUUUACAUUUGAAAUAAUGGCACUUACCAAGCAAACAUCCGUUCUUCGCAUGAAUACAGAGGACUUUUAAGGCUUUAUUUAACUGCGUGGAAACUCAGAGAACUUCUUCCGCCGAGCCUUAUAGGACCUCGAGGUUAUAUGAAAGGCACUUGAAGCUUGCCUGCCCUCACCAUGAACAUGCUUCACGUAUGACGAUUGCUAGUCCAGCGGUUCAUCAGAUGCCCAACGCAUGGACAACACGACAUACCGAGUGCUGCAAAUAUGAACUAUCGAUCGCCAAGUUAAACUGUAGCAGUUAAAAUAGUGCAAUUCGUUUUCGUGGACGUAACAGCACCUUCGUGACGUUGGACCGUUCUCGAGUGUGUAAGCCCAGAAAGUACUGGUUAUUGUCUUCGGUUCCAGUGAGACAGAGGUCAUUCCUUGACCUUUCUAUAUUGCUGCUAGGCACCAACAAUUGGAUAAAAGGGGGAACGCCAAACGCGGCUAGGACGCACUGCGCGUUGCAUGCGUCUAUCUCUAUUGUAACCUAUAGAAUGGAGCUAUCGCUGUACAGAGGAGAAGAUGGCAAUCGCACCGAUCAUUUUACCUAAUGAAUACUUGUUGCACAUGUAGUUAUGAGGCGCGUGUGUAACAACACUGAAACAGGCAAUUUCAUGACGAAAUGAUCGGUCGCAGGUACACAUUAACUUAUUCAGCUAAUCAGUACAACAGUACACUAAUAUAGCUGCGAGAAUUCGAAAACUCAAUACCCAAUAAGGCGCCAGACUCGAUAUAUUUUCCAAGCAUGAUCGCGUUAAAACCUGCCACCCAUAGGAACCAGUUACAAUAGACACAUAAUGUUUAAUGUAAGGGAAAUAGCACUCUACCUAAAUAUUUUCACACAACAAGGUAUAGCGAUCAGCGAUAUAUUUUAUCGAACGCUACUCUGAAACGUUUUGAUAACAAACAAUGGCUUAUGCACUGCAUGCUGAGGUAAGCCUGCAACUAAAUAUGAGCACUCCCAUUUCACACGUGUUCGCCAGACUCGGAAAUCCAUCGUCGUAAAUAUCAUGAUUUGGGCAAAUACGACAGGAUCGAGAACAGAGAUUUACAACGAAACAGGGUCAUUUCUACAGUGUGAGUUCCCGUAUAAUCAAUAACUAAAGGACCUCCAUUGCGAGUACUUCUCCUCUCGAUACCCUCCAUUGCCCUAAACUAAGCAAUCACCAGCAUCACAAAACAGCGACGAUUACAGAGAAAAACUAAUUACUGUAGAUAUAUGGUGAACACAACGUUGAAUAUAUAAAGGAGCCAUACGAUUUGUGACCGGGUGCCGAAGGAACUGGUUGACAGUACCGAGGUCUUGUGUAGAGUCAGCGAACAGAAGGCCAUUGCCGACACGAUGUUCUAUUGAGGAGUAUGAUACGAUUACUUCAGUGGAACCGUUGUGCGUUAAUCUUUCUCGCGGAAAGUAUGACAUGAUAUCCGUGAAAUCAGGCUAUUUAUUAAGAGCGCCCAAAUCGGCAAACAAAACUAUAGUACCCCAAUAAAGUGAUUGGAUUGAUCGGACGAUAUGAUAAUAAUGUCGGUAAAUAACUAAACGAUGUAAUGGCGAGUAUAUAUAGACAGAAAAGAAGUUAAUAAAAAUAGUAAAAAAAUAUAUGAGUUACUAAUUUAAAGUUUUA